AUGGAGGUAGAUCUUGAGAAGAUGUGUGGAAAACUAUCCCUGACCGAACAGGAAGAGGAAGUUGUGGUAGUGGAUGAAGAGUCUCUGGAUGGUGCGCUAGGUAGAAGUGAAAAAUGUCUGUUGUUUAAACUGUUCACUGAUAAACAGUUUAAUAAGGAGGCGUUUAAGAGUACUAUGAAGCGUCUAUGGCGUCCUGGUAAGUCUAUCUCCAUUCGAGAUGUUAGUGAUAAUCUAUUUAUUGCUGAAUUUGAGGAUCCAUGGGAUAAAGAACACGUUUUCAGAGAGGGACCUUGGGCUUUUGAUAAGCACUCGGUUCUCACAAAUGAGGUGGAUGGGUUGCAGCAGGCACAUCAGAUUACUUUCCCUGAGGAGCUCUUCUGGGUUCGUAUCCAUGAUCUCCCGAUUAUGGCUAGGAACUGGAAGAUGGGACACAUAGUAGGGAAGGAAGUUGGUAGUGUGGUGGAGGUUGACUUGGAGAAGGAUGCACUGGCUUGGGGGGAGUACCUGCGUAUCAGGGUUAAGUUGGAUGUCACUAAGCCCUUGUUACGUGGUAAGAAGGUUUGUGUGGGUUCUUCUAACCCCUUCUGGGUUCGGUUCUCUUAUGAACCACUUCCAAAUUUUCGCUACAUAUGUGGUACGCUUGGUCAUAAUCAUAAGGAGUGUAAUCAGUGGAGGCCAUUGAUGGAAAAGUUUUCAGUCUCUGAGUUUCCAUAUGGUCCCUGGUUGCGUGCAGGGAACUUUGGUGAUUAUAGAGGACCUGUUCACAGGGAACUUUGGUGUUGUGUUGCAUGA